AUGGAAGACAGUCGCUCUGAGCUGUCCGUCAUCCUCGGACCCGAGGUACUCGACGAGCUCUUUGGCCUGCGGUUCCCACCAACUGCCAAUGACCCAGACCAGGUCCUCGCCCAAGCCACCCUGUGGUCACAACCGGGCCUCCCUCCGGAUCUCGACUCCAAACUGCGUCAACUGACGGUGCCCAUCCUCCGCGCACUAAGCCAGAACUAUGGGCCCGACCCGGACACCCUGCUCUCUUUGCUCAUCGAUCCCAUGCUGCCGGCGACCACCAAAUCGCGGGCUCCCGCCCCGGAAGCAUCGUCCCGGUAUCCCGUCCUGCCGUCCGAUCUUUUAGACCGGGCAUACAUCCCGCGCGCCGUCGCCCUCGUGAUGCUCCUCGACCAGUGUCCGCGCAUGUACGCCUCUUCCGGCCCCGGGACCGACGCCCGUUGGGUCGCGCACUUCUUCGACCCCGUGGCCCAGGCGCUCGUGUACGACGUGCUGCUCUCGCAGGACUGGUUCUUGAACUACGACGGUGACGAUGACGAUAGCGGCGACGACAAGGGCAGGGGCCACUGGGCCAACGCCGGGUACACGUUCCAAGAGUACUUGUACAUCACGGCCCUGGUCCUCACCGCGGCUGACCACUCCGAGGACAUGACUCGGCACGAUGCGCUCCAGGCCAUACUAGCCCAGCGCCGAGCCGCCAUCCAGCACUGCACGGGCACAGAGAGCCCGCCAUUCUUCCGGCCCCCAUACGACGACGUUGCCGACGAGACGCACGCCUUCAGCGCGUGGUUUCGCCGCGGCCUGCCGCGCUUCGCCACCGUCGAGGAGUUUGCGCUCCUGCGCUGCGCGACAUCCGGUCUGACAAUGCCCGACAUUGGACCUCAUUGCGGCUGGGGUCUGUUUCUGGCUUGA